AUGUCUGGCCACGACCCUAGAGCGAGUGAGAAUGAAGUGUUCAUGCGAAGCCUCACUCAUGCUCGGUCGUCGCUGCCUCGGCAGCCUUGGGAACAGCCGGCUAUGCUGUGCAUAUUUGAUCCAUUGAAGGCGGCUUUCCCUCAGGGCUUGAAUUUGCCUUAUCAGGGAGUGGUCCCUGCGUCGCCUGUCCCUCAGACGGCAGCACAGCCUUCAGAUCCCGGAAAUUCGGUGACGAGUGGAUCUCAUUGUCAGGCAUGGACUCGUGCAGUCAAGGCAAAAAGAGGGCCUAGGGCCGCGGAUCGUCGUGAAGAGGCGUACCGCCGGGUCCUCACAUUACUUCAUGCCUUUUCGAGUUUCUUUGACCUGUGUACUUUGAUGGCGGAUGACGAGGAGGACGGCCCGGAUUCUGUUCAGGCAGUUUUGGCAGGGAAAUCACCGAAUACCAUCUUGAAGCAUGUGGGUCCGGUUCGUACUUUUUGCGAGUGGCUUUUGAAAGCAAGUCAUACUCCGCCUUUUGCGGAGAAAGUCUUGUGGUCUUUCAUCCAUUGUGUCCUCAAGAUGCCUAAGACCGCGGCCACCACACUGGACAGUAGUCUGCGUGCUAUCAAGUGGAGUUAUUAUACCUUGGGACUACGUGUUCAACUAGAGGUCUUCAGCAGCCCUCGCAUUCAUGGUGUGGUGAAAAAGGCGCUACAGACUAAAAACCCGUGGUGCCCGGCGUCGCCCCUCAAGGUGUCCGAAGUUCUCCAGUUGCACGCGAUCUGUUGUGAUCGCGAUAUUUCUGUCAUUGAUAGAUGCGGGGCGGCACAUUUCCUUGCUAUGCUCUACGCGAGGGCGCGAGCAUCGGACAUCCGGUGUGUCAAAAGUAUCUUGAUAGACGUGCACAACGAAGACUGGAGUUCGGGCUUCAUUGAACUAGGGACGCUUGAACACAAGACGUCUAGGCUGGACACUCAACGACGCCGCAUACUGCCUCUGGUGAUUCCCGGCCAGGGUAUUGCUAAAACGCCUUUUGGUCAACUCCUCCUGGACAUUAGGGCUGAGGCUGGUUUGCCGAACGAUCAGGCGGAUGUCCCAUUCUUGCCGGCACCUCUGCCGGAUGGACCUUGGUCUUCAUUCAGACCCGCUGUGAGUUCGCACUCAUUGAAGGUUACCUCACUUGUUUGGUGUAGCAAAUUCGGGAUGCUUCGCGAGACCAAGCGAGUUCUAGGCCAUCACGCGGAUGCAGCGACUGGCAGUGAUGCAGUUUAUGGGCGUGAGUUGCAGAGCGCGGCACUACGUGAGUACGUUGUCGUACUGGAUGCAGUGGCGACGGGUAAGUUCCUGCCGGACCAGACUCGUUCGGGUCAUUUCUCAUCAGGUUGGACUCGGGAGUCCAUCCUGCAGGCGGCUGCUUUUCCACAGGACUCGGAAGUCCUGCAGGCGGCUGUGGAGGACGACCAAGAUGAGGCUUUGGCUGUGGUUUCUGAUGUUUCAGACUCUGAUGAAGAAGCCCCGGAGGAACAAUCCUUCUGGGCUCAUCCGACUAGCCAGGUCCUACAUCGCACGACUUUGGGGUCGGCAAUGUUUUUGUGUGGCCGAGCUGUUGGCGAUCAUUAUCGGCGCAUUCCUAUGGCUCGGGCGCAAGCGCACCCGCAAUGUGCCAAGUACUUAGCCAUGACGAGUUCCGUAGAUUCGGCGCCUUUCUUUGUGCAGCGAGCGGAUGAAAUCUCGCUUGCCAAGCGAGUAGUGGAUGCCUUGAAAGGUAAAGGGGUCACCACUUUGGCCCAGCUGGCCUUCUGUGUCGGACAACCGGGACAGGUGCUAUCUCAGACUGAGUUUGACACGUGGAGCGAGGCCAUGUUGGUAGGCAUCACGGUGGGCGAGAAGGCGUCUCUGAGGCGCCUGAUCUUGGAAGCUCAGACCAUGCUAGUGGCUUCUUUGAAGGAUCUGGCAGAACCUGCUGAACACGCUUCCCCUAAAAAGGUGGGUGUAGCCGAGCGGAAUGCUCGCAUGGAUCAGCUUCGGACUCAGCUCGCCGGAGUUUCGCUCACUGGACAGCUUGAGCCGAGUCAUGCAUUACUUGACAUGGCCGUUCAGCAGCGGGAGAGUCGCUGCCUGAAGUACAUUGGUCCAGAGAAGUGUCAUAGCCGCGAGGAUGAGGUUCAGAACGUUAAGCCUUUGACCACCAGUCUCUCCUUGGAAGGCGGUAAGCUGAAGGUUACGGAGGCUGCUGGUAUGGAUGAUCGUGACAUUGAGGGCUCUUUGCAGGUCCUUAAUGCCCUGCGCCGCAGAGGAGUGGCUUACGCAUUUGCUCGCUUGAUCAGUUGGGAAAGACAUGAAGCUUAUGUUUCUUCCUUAUUCAGGUAUUUGACCAAGCCCGCUCAGCCUGGUUACAGGAAGGUGUCUCUUCGUCAGAUCUUGCGGGCUGACAAGCUUGCCUUCUCCAAGUUGUCGGAGGCAGGUGAGGACAUCCGGGCAGAUGCUUCAGGUACUCUCCCGCUUGAUGCCGCGAUCGGGGCUAUCCUUCACGAUUAUGACCUAAUUGUAGCUCUCCUGCCUAUGGGUGAUUUGGAUGGUAAGGGCAAGAAUGCUAAUGGACGCGGUGGGCGCCCGGGUCCUUACAGCGAUAAUGCGCCCUGGAAGGGGAAGAAUGGCAAAGGUAAAGGCGGUUGGAACUCCAAGGGCUCUGAUAGUUGGACAGGGAAAGGCAAAAACACCUGGCAGGCCAAGGGCAAGUCGCCCAAGGGCAAAGGCUCUGGAGCCGGGAAACCGGAAUGGUUGCCUGAGGGACUUCGCUUCCAGGGAGCAUCUGCGUGGAAUAAUAAAGGCAACAAGGUCUGUUACGGUUUCAACCUCGGGACAUGUUCGGAUGCGAACUGCCAGAAGGGCGAUCACACUUGCUGCAUCUUUAAGUGCGGUGGCGAUCACCCGGUGGGGAAGUGCCCCUUGAAGCCCAAGAAGCUGUGA